CGAAAAACUUGAAAAAACUCAUAUUGAUUCAAUUUCAGUAAACGAUUUCACUUCAAAAUCUUCAACUCCUCUAGCAACAGACGAAGGUAAUUACCACUCCAGUUUCAAAACCCAUUGUUCGGUUAUUGAUAGAGCUAAAGAUGGCAGUUCAAAUAGCAAUUGUGAAAAAUCAAUACCGUUUCAUCAAAACUUUUCUUCUCACAAAGCCAAAUCAAUUUCUUCCUUCCAUGAUGGGUGUAAAGUGAAUUCAUUAUUUCUGGAUUACCAAGAGGGUAAUAUUUUCGAUUCCAGAAUUAAUUCAAAUAAUAUUGUUUUGGAUUCUCAAUUUGAAAGGGGUAAGAUCAAUGAGGCAAAGGAUUUCAACAUAUUAAAUCAGACUCCCGUUGAUUUACACAAAUUUCUCGCGACUCAUUUCGUCGUACAGAUUCCUCAAAUUACUGUUAUAUGUGAUGCUUUACUUAGUUCCAAUUUCGCUUUUGAUCGGGGCAAAAAGUUUGAGCCAAUAUUUCGGGAUUCUCUUGGGAAAAGUCAGGAUGUCUAUUCUUUAAACUCAUGUCAGAAUCAUAUGUUCAUAGGAAUGAUUGAUUUCGGGUUGCUUCAUAUGUGUGCAAGUAGUGAAGAAUGUUUAUAUGGUGGUCUACAUUUUGCUCCAGUGAUAUUCAAUCCUAGAAAGCAGUUUGAAGCUAUUAACAGGUUGUAUUUCUUCACACACCUAACUCAAUUUACUUCGAUAUGUGUUAUUUCAUCUAGUGAUAAGCAUACUAGACUGAUAUUUGAUCGAGGAAGAGAGUUUGAUGAGUCUGUUUCAAUGGAUAAAUACAAUGAUGAUUUUGGUCAUAAACUGAAUCUAGAACUUGGGUGUGUUUUGAAAUUGUUGUUUUCUGAUUCUAAUGUGUUUGAAAUUGUUAAAGAUGGUGACGAUUAUUGUGACAAUGAAUUGUAUGUGAAAAGGACCAAAAGGUCACAAGGAACUGGUAUAAUUGGUAGUAUCUUCACAUCUUUAUGGUUCAACAUGGAUGAAAUUAUGAUGAACCGAGAGUUAACCGAACAAAUGCAUAAUUGUAGAAGAUGUUGUUUCAAUGGUGUUAUAGCUCAUCUAAUCUUACAGUUGAGGCAUGGGUUACUUACUGUAUCGAAAAAUAUGAUAUGUAUGAUCUGGUUUCUUCCAUUUAGUACAUUGUCUAACUAUAUUCAGGACAAUAUUGUAUCUCUAUUCCAGUAUCUUCAAGGUCUGGAUUAUGGAUGUAGGGUGUUCGACCGCGGCAAGGAUUUUCAGUAUAUGAGCUACUCGCUACUCUUGUUUUGCCAUGGUAUUCUUUCAUCAAGAUACAAUGGGUUUUGUGUUUGCUGAAGAGCGUGCAAUAAGUGAUUCUAGCAAGCUGUUUGUUGAAUUUUCGCGGCAAAGUGAUAUAUCGAAGAUUCUUGGGAGAAUUUUAAGAGAUAACAUUAGAUUUCUUUCACUAAAUACCGUAGCUACAAUCUAUCAUGGGGUAUGUAAAGUGCAACUUCGAGCUUCUCCUUAUCAUGUGUUACUGUCCUUGGAUGCUUGUGGCGUUGGUUUUGAUCAAAUAUUUAUGGAAGCUUAUACUGCAGCUAUCUUCUAUGGUGAAUCGUUGAAGCUUCACUUUGUUAUGAAUGGACAGGGACAAGGCUCACAGAUUAUUUGGAUGACAUUAAAACUAUCUAAGAUUCUUUUGCCGACUCUUACAAUUGUGAGACGAUUAGUCUAUCCUUUGAGCUGGAGUUGCACAGGUCCUUCACAAGAGAUCUAUUAAAACAUUCAAGUUCGACACAAGAGUAAUCAGGCAAUUCAUUAUCCAUAUUGGUUUGUAUUUUCCACUUACACAUAUUUCCUAACUUGUUGUGAUCGACUAUUGAGGGUCUAUAGAGGGUAGGAUUACCGGGGCAGAAUUCCAUUAUACCGAGAUGCUAAAGGGGAUGUAUUGUUGAUUGUUCUGAAGAAGGCUGUAUAUAUGCUGGUUAA